CAACCAGAACUCUCUGCAAAUCACUUGCCAUUUCCAUUCUAAUCCUCUAUAUCAUCUACAUCAUUUCAUGUUCUCAAUCCUCACUACUCUUCACCAACUUGACUUCCAAUCGACCCAACCAUGCCAACACCCUGUUCCUGUCUCCAACCAAUGUUACCCACCUGGUUUUUGGAAUAGCAAGUUCAUCAAACACCUGGCGGGCGAGAAGACGAUACGUUGAAUCAUGGUGGCGACCAAAUGUCACCCAAGGCUUCAUCUUCCUUGACAGAACUCGCCGAGACUUCUUCCCAUGGCCGCCUUCUUCUCCACCUCUCCGGAUCUCUGAAGACACUUCUCGAUACAGGGAUUUCAACAAACAUCGCUUCCAACAGGCCAUCCGGGUGGUGCACAUGGUUGCGGAGGCGUUUGCAGCGGCAAAUGAUGGGGUGAGGUGGUACAUUAUGACAGACGAUGACACGAUUGUUUUUGUCGAUAACUUGGUGGAUGUUCUGAGAAAGUACGAUCACCGUAAGUACUUCUACGUAGGGGCGAAUGCGGAGAGCAUGUCGUCAAACUGGUUUCAUUCAUUCGAGAUGGGGUUCGGCGGAGCUGGGUAUGCGUUGAGUUAUCCGCUAGCAGAGCUGGUGGUGAAGAAUUUGGAUGUGUGUAUAAAGAGGUAUCCGAUCUUGUAUGGGAGUGACCAUGUUAUGCAGUCUUGUAUUGCUGAUUUGGGAGUUUCCCUUACUCAGGAAAAAGGCUUUCAUCAGAUUGACCUACACCAUGACAUAUCAGGUUUCCUUUCAGCACACCCACAAUCUCCUCUCAUCUCCCUCCACCACCUCGACGCAUUCGAUCCAAUCUUCCCCUCCAUGGACAGACCCAACUCCCUCAACCACCUCAUGAAAGCCGCGAAAGCAGACUCAUCACGGUUACUCCAACAAACCAUCUGCUACCACAAGCAAUCCAACCGGACUUUCUCAAUAUCAUGGGGCUACUCUGCUCAUAUCUAUCAAGGUACAUACCCUCCAAGCGUUCUUCUGAGACCGCUUGAGACGUUUGUACCUUGGAGUAGGGCUGCGAAACCGCCUUACAUGUUCAACACUCGGGUUCUGUCCAGGAACCCGUGUGAAGCGCCUCAUGUUUUUUACUUUGAUUCUGUGGACGAGGAAAGUUAUGAGAAGGAUUAUGUUGUUACGAACUACAAUCUAACAGGGACUCCCCCGAGGUUGUUGGCUUGUUCGUCUGGUGGGAAUCGUUAUUCUGCCAAUUAUGUUGACAGAAUCAGGGUUCUAUCGCCAUUGAAGAGAUACACAGAGGUUGGCAGUAGAAGAGAAUGCUGCGACAUAGUACAAGAGGCCGGCAUGAAUACCUCCGAGGUCAAACUUAGGGCUUGCAUGAAACAUGAACUUCUGGCUUAAAAAUGUACUAAUUUCAGCGUUUGACUCGGUCAACUUUUCAAAUUUUUGGCCUCUCUGUGUGUUUGGGUGUGGGGUUAUGAAAGUAACAAUUAGAAAGAGUCUAAAUUCUGUCAAAAUGACAAAAUGUCUCAAUUUGUUCUAUUAUUGUUUUAAGCUGGGCUUUCAAAUCUGAAUUAGAGGAGGGUGUUGUUUGAACUUGCGGGUUGAUCAC